AUGCCAAUCUUCUACCACCACUCUCCGACUCCUAUUGUCAAUCCAAUUUCAUAUCCCAUUGGCCAGCUGUCCCUGGAUUCCACGCGAUGGAACCUUGUGUCAAUGUGUCAACAGCGGGAGCAAAAUAUCGCCACACCUGCUUGUGAAGGUCAUCGGCGUGUUCACACCGGGGAGACGCCGUUCACCUGCUCAGAGUGUGGGAAGGGUUUCGCUCAUUCAUCUUCCCUGCUGAGACACCGGCGAGUUCACACCGGGGAGAAGCCGUUCACCUGCUUUGGGUGUGAGAAACGAUUCAGUCAGUUAUCUUGCCUUCGAAAACACGAGCGAAUUCACACCGGGGAGAUGCCGUUCACCUGCUCGGAGUGUGGGAAGGGCUUUGCUCACGCCUCUUCCCUACUGUCACACCAGCGAGUUCACACCGGGGAGAGGCCGUUCACCUGCUUCACAUGCGGGAAGGGAUUCAGUCGAUUUUGGAGCCUUCAAAAACACGAGCGAAUUCACACCAAGGUAUUGCCAUUCACCUGCUCGGAAUGCGGGAAGGGAAGCAGCACGUUAUCCAGACUGCUGGCACACCAACGGGUUCACACCGGGGAGAGGCCAUUCUCCUGCUCCGAGUGCGGAGAAACAUUCAGCGAUCGGUCCAGUAUGCGGCGGCACCAGCGGGUCCACACCCGGGAGAGGCCGUUCACCUGCUCCGCGUGCGGGAAGGGAUUCGCUCAGUCCGGUGGCCUCAGGAUUCACCAGCAACUUCACACCGGGGAGAGGCCGCAGGAAAUUCUGGAUCAUGACCGGAAUAACGCUUUUCAUGAGGUUGGGGAGGUUGGCGGCCUAGCGGUAUUAUCACUGGACUUUUAA